AUGUCUCGCGAUCAGAAAGAAAAAUUUAGUACAUUUUCUAAGGAAGAACUUUCCAAACAUAACCAAGAAAAUGAUUGCUGGGUAUCUUUGAACCAUCGUAAAGUAUACGAUAUUACAGAAUUCGUUUCAAACCAUCCAGGAGGUGUACCACUACUUUUAAAAUAUGGUGGUAAAGAUGUGACGCAAAUUCUUGCUGGGGGACCAAAAAAUAGGAGUCAUGUGCAUUCUAAUACAGCAUAUGAGAUUUUAGAGGAUGGAAUGUUCGUUGGUAUAUUGGUAAAUGCCAGCGAACAAGAAAGACUCGACGAUGGGGAUGAAGAUUUAGCAAGUUCGUUCAGAAAUGAAUUGCCAACAUUCGACCUUAUGACAAAGGACACCGACGCUAAGAAAGAUUUCGAGAGAUACCGCUUUUUAGACAUUGCAGAGCCAUUAAUGCCCCAAAUUAUGAGUGCACAUUGGACUAAGGAUUUUUACUUGGAUCAAGUUCAUCGGCCACGUCACUGCUCUAAAGGUGCACGAGUUUAUUCUAAUCCAAUUGCGGACAUCCUUUGUUCAAGAGUUCCUUGGUGGGCAAUUUUAAUAUACUCUCCUAUUGGAAUUGCAUCAUUCAUCGUUGGUAAAAGAUCAUUAGCUGAAUUAGAUGCGCUGAACGAUAUCUACAAGUGGCUUUUAAUAGGUUGUUUGUUUUGGACUUUUGCCGAGUAUAUUCUUCACAGAUUUAUCUUCCAUAUGGAUAGAUAUUUACCUGAUUACAAUCAAACAUUGUUUGCUUUGCAUUUCGCAAUACACGGAGUCCAUCAUUUCUUGCCAAUGGACCCUGAAAGAAUCGCAGCACCUCCACCAAUGGUUUUACUUUUAAAUUUCCUCUUAUGGUAUGUCUCAUAUGCGACAAUGGGCCCAGCCUACGGGAAUAUUUUCUACGCUGGUGGUUUUGCUAGCUUCUUAUGGUAUGAGGAAUUCCACAUCUCGUUGCAUACUAAUCCUCAAUUUUACCAAUUUUGGACAGGCUGGUGGUCACAUCAUACUGAAAUGAAGAGGUAUCAUUUACAACACCAUUAUAAGAACUACGACUGGGGUUACGGUGUGACUUCAAAACUCUGGGAUUUUCCAUUUGGAACCGUAUUAGACUCUGCAGAUGCAAGUCAAGUUCACGUCAGAUAG